CAGACACACACACAGAUGACCAUGGAUUCUUUGCUGAGUGAUCUGUCUGAGCACGAAUGCAGCACGACUCCGUUGGUCUCGUCCUCGCUAAUGUCUGUCACUCCAGGACGAGAACAUUCUGUGGAUGAGGAGAAGCUAUCCCGAGUUCUAAUAGAACGUGUGCUACCCCCGUUCUCCAAAUCGCUCAAGUUGCAAGCACUUGUGGUAUAUCAAGCGGAUCGGGAAAAGAUGAAUUGUCUCCUGGUCAAUCGCAAUUACGAGAAAAUUAGUCCACAAUUACGUUCCGAUUCGACCAGCCUAGAAAUGACUUCAGCUCAAUCUAACGGUCUGGAUGAGGUGUCUGAUGUUUCCGAUUCCGGUUACAUGGACUCCAUCAAAAUGGUUCGCACCCCACAAACUCCAUCCCCCAAACUCACAGUCAGUGAACUAAUGGAAUCGGGUGAGUCCACGGAGUCUGUGGACGUAAACCAUAGCACAUCUCGUCGCAAACGCAAACUGUGUCGUCCAUGCAAAAUCCCCCAAAAUGGGUCACUGAUUUCUGAGACCUCGGGGUCUGUGACUGUGGAUGAGAUUAAGAUACCGAGGCUGGAUACUACCACGACAACAGUAACGUCUACACUCAUUUCAACAAAUUCAAUCAUCUCAACGUCCACUGUAAAAAGCGCCACUAACAUCACCUCAUCCAGUGAGCUGUUGCCGUUCACAACAAAAAGCAUUUCCGAUAGCGUUAUCCUCCCCGUUACCGCAGUCACCCUGCUUCCCCGAGUUAGUGUGUUUUCUCUACCAGUUACUGUCCUCUCCACUUUGCCACGUCCAAUUUUACCGCGAAUCAGCCAUGACAAACCGCCUAUCACUGUGACAACUAUUCCGGCCACCUCAAUGCUACCGACUUCGGCCACACUGAGUCAACCCAUACCAUUGAGCCGAGCUAGCGAAUCGGCUACGUUGACGCUCAGAACAUCGGAAUGUGUGAACAAUUCGGCCACGGUCACUGGCACAAUCAACGCGUCUGAUCUGUCCAAUCGUCGCUUCGGAAAAUCGUUCUUGUGCAACCAGUGUCGUCGAGACUUUGCUUCCCUUAGUCUGUUGUGCGCGCACACAUUUGCCGUGCAUCGAUGUUUUCGUUGCACGAUUUGUGACGCCCAAUUCACCCAACGUUCCAAUCUUCAACGACACAGUCUUCGCCACGUUGGAUUCAAACCGUUCAUCUGCAAAGUAUGUGACAAGGCGUAUUAUCGUAAAGACCACUUGGUUCGUCAUAUUGAACUUUCUCACCCGGGUCGUGAUCCUCGGCUGAGUUUAACGGUCAAAUUGAGUUCGGCAGAGUGCUUGGACUACUUGGAGCGAUUGCAAUCGGAAGGAAAUGAACAGGUAGAACAGGUUCAAAUGUUGUGCCAAACCCCGGAUGAGACGGGACCCAAGAAAGCUCAAUCGCCAUCCAUGAACGGUGGUGAGUCUGUUGAAGUGACUGAAGUAGUCGCUCAAACUUCACCAGAACAUGCAAACAAAGGGGAUGCACGCUGGUCACCGCCGCUACAAGAUCUGAUUAACACAGGUAUUCGUAUUCUUGACGAAAUUACACUGUGGAAACUGACGCGCAUGGUAAUGCCCAUUGUUCCGUACGUGUUCGAUCUGCUUGGACUAUUCUUUUCCGGGUAG